AUGAAGCUCCGUACUCUUGCCAGACCUUUCAUCAAGUGCUCCUUAAUCUCUGGAAAUGAUGCUUUCUUUUGGCAUGAUGACUGGACUGAGUUGGGUCCGCUGUUGGGAAUUGUUGGGGACACGGGUCCUAUGGUUACGGGGAUCUCCUUGGAAGCUAAAAUUUCGGAUGUUUGUGUUGAUAAUGUCUGGAACCUGCCGAGAAGCCGUCAUCCAAUCGCAAGGGUCCUCAAGGCCUCUAUUCCGCAAUCAUCCUUGAAUCUCAUCUCUCAAGGAAAGGACACUUUCUAUUUGAAAAUCGGUCCGGAUGAUACAACUGGAAGAUUCUCUGCAGCAAAAACAUGGAAGGCUUUGAACCCUUGUACAGACUCUUUUUCCUGGCACAAAACAGUGUGGUUUACAGGGGGUAUUCCAAAACAUGCUUUUAAUACUUGGGUUGUCUUCCGUGAUCGGCUUCCCACUCGAGACCGGCUUAUUAGUUGGGGAUUGAUUGUCCCUUCUCAUUGUCUGCUGUGUCAGAACGGUGAUGAGUCUAGAGGUCACUUCUUUUUGGUUUGUCAGUUUUCUUCUCAACUUUGGAUUUCUAUGUUUGAUCAAUCGAGCCAAACACCGCCUUCGGAUUUGGAGAGCACUAGAAUCUGGAUUCCUUUAGUUGCAUCAGAUCAAAAACUGCGAACAGUGCUUCUGCUUAUCUUUCAUGCUGUUGUGUAUUUUGUAUGGAAAGAGAGGAAUAGCAGACUUCAUCUAAACCCAUCGAGAUCAACAUCCUCUCUAAAGAAGGAGAUUGCAACUCUGCUGAGAGCAAAGUUAGCAGCUCUUGAUAGAGUCAGCUUAUCUUCUCAUCAUCCCUCGACAACUCUUGUCACCGCUACUACUUAUCUUCGUACUUGA